UGGUUGCCUUGCGAAGGCUGACUGUCUGACGUCGUGCUCGCCCUCCUGAAAAGCUGUUUCUUUUCUCCACGCUUGGCAGUUGCAGCGGUCGCGGCGUCGCUAGUUCAGAGAAAGCGGGCACUGCCGUCUGAAAGAAGUGCCUAGCACGCGAGUUUAGGCGUCCUUCGACGUUUUGGCGACGUAGCGGGACUCUCGGACGUCGCGAAAUGCAAGUCCACGGCUGAGAAUCUGCGAGAAGCGGGUGAUGGACGCAGCUACAGCUGUUUUCGGGAGCUGACGAAUCGCGGUCAUGGAUGUGCCGGCACACGGGCGCAAUUUCCGCGCUGCAACUUCAGCAGAUGAUGGAGACAGGAUGCCUGUGGUGCGCGAAGGUGUUGUUCCAGAAGCCAUUCGAGCGCUGUAUCGAAAUGCGACAUUGCGAGCGGCCGAUGAUUUUGACAGCAGCGCAGAUGAUCCUCUGCUUCCAGCGUCACCGCCUUCUUGUGAGGUGCCCGUUGACAGAUAUUACUUCGUAAGAAACGUCUUUCUUUUGUUGGGAGUGGUUCUUAUGCUUCCUUGGAACUUCACAACAAAUGCCAGUGACUUCUGGAUGUACAAGUUUAGGAAUGUGUCCCUCCCGUACGACUACACGUUUACAAACAAGACGGAGCUGCAAGCUCACAUAUUUGGUGCCUUCUCUGUGGCCAGCUCGUUUCCCUCACUCAUAGCCGUCUACCUGGGGACCCUGUUCAACCACAGAAUUGGGCAGGAUACACGGAACAUAUUGGGAUUCUCUCUCUGCAUUGCUUUCUUUUCAAUAGUGACAGCAUUUGUGAAAAUCAACACUGAUAACUGGCAGGUUGGCUUCUUCAUUCUUACUGUCAUCCUCAUAUCGCUUCUUAAUGUUUUUGUGUCAUGGCUUCAAGGAGGAAUCACUGGACUGGCGGCACUCUUGCCUUCGGAUUACAUGCACAGUCUGGUAAUUGGAAUGGCGGUUGGUGGCCUCUUCGCUUCGGUGCUUCAAAUCAUCUGCCUGCUGGGCCACACGGAGCCCACCACUGCGGCGCUGGCCUACUUCCUUUGUGCCAUCUUCGUUUUUGUGGUGGCCCUGGUCUGCUUCCUAGUCAUGCUCUCCACAGACUUCUUUGUGCACUGUGUGAAGAGCCCAGAAGUAAACAUCCAGGACUUGAUUACAAACAGUGAUCUCGAGAUUAAGGCCUCUACUACUCUAAUUUUAAGAAAGGUUUGGCCACAGGCAGCUUCUGCAAUGUACGUCAUGGCUGUCUCCCUUGCCGUCUUCCCAGCAGUCGCUGUCCUUGUGGUGUCGUCGAAUGUUGAGUCAGGAUCUGCAUGGACUGGCAGGUUCUUCAUGCCAGUUUGUGGAUAUCUGCUGUUCAAUGCUGGUGAUCUCACCGGGAGGAUCGUCUGCUCUUUUGUGCCUUUGAAUGAAAAACAUGAAAAGACGGUGCUGUGGCUGACCCUGGUGCGCACGGUGUUCAUCCCACUGUUUAUGCUGUGCAAUGCGCAUCCUCGGCAUUACCUGCCUGUUCUGCUGGACUCGGAUGUUGCCUUUGUGGCCCUCAUGAUUGCAUUCGCAUUCACGAACGGGUACCUGCUCAGUGCAUCCAUGAUGCAGUCCUCUAGGAAAGUGCCGAGCUACCUCCAGGAAAGGACAGGAUUCGUCAUGUGCUCGGCAAUUAUGACGGGCCUCACGAUUGGAGGCUUUGCAUCUGUUCUUCUCAUCAAACUGCUCUGAAGUCACCUCGUUGCUAGGAACACAUUGAUUGAACACCACUCCAAGCAUGGCAAUUUUAUUGUGUGCAUUGGAGUAUGCAUUUUAAUUUAAGUAUAGCUGAAAUGCCUCCUUUUCAGCUACUUGAAAGCUCUGCUGCCUUUGUCUAUCGAAUCUCGUUGAGUUUCUCAGGCCCUCCGCAUAUUAUUUUGGAAGCGUGAUUAGAGGCAUGAAAUGCUUUUCUGAUUGUGUACAUACUUUGGAGGUAGACUACAAUCGAGCGUUAGCCAAGAAGAAUUCAAAGGAAAGCUUUUACCGCACAGUGAAUAAAACACAUUGCUCAUUAAUGCAGGGAUCAAGCCAGCUCCCCUGCACCCUGAUAUAUUUCUGUGCUGACUGUGCAGACCACUGAGCUAUUGCAAAGUUUAUUUUGUUUUUUAUUUUCAUUAUUUUUGUCCUUUAAUGGUCUAGGGUGUCAUCACAACAAGAGAGAGUUUUAGCUGAACAUUGCCUAUGGUACAUUCCGCUCGGAAUUUAGGCAAUCUCUCACUACACACAACUGUGUUCACUUCGCAUUUUUCAAUAAGCGUGUCGUAGUGCACUUCCCCCGAGACGCAAGCGAAACGCAGCCUGCUUUGUUGCAAAACAAUAAAGAGGCCAAACGGAAGCACCGUCACACUCCACUCAAUUAACUCUGCAUCAGAGCUAGGGCAGCAUUUGCCUUUUGCUACUGGCAUGAGCGUUGUGUGCACAUGGUGAGGAUAUACUACCCUGAGUAGGGCUGGCUGAAAGUGCUCAGCUAAAGCUCUCUAAUGCAGUCAAAGCUCGUUAUAACAAAGUUGGAUCUGACACAAGAAUAGCUUCGUUAUAACUGAUAAUUGCUAUAAACUUAUGUAUGUUACACUGUAGUAGCAGCCAGACAAUUUUUAUUUAAUUCGUUAUAUCCGAUAAUUUGUUGUAUCCGUAUGGUUUGACUAUAAUUGUCGUUAACAUUAGCAUUUACAAAUACCCGACACACCUUGACAAAGCAGCUAGCUAUGAAGUGUCUAAAUGUUGGUUAUAGAAUCGGACAAUCUCAAAGUAUGUUUAUUACUUUUAGUUUUCGUAAAUACAUUGACUACUUUGACAGCAUUUUUUUUUCACAGAAUAUUUGUCAUUGGGAAGUGCCCAUAUACUUAACCGCCUGUCUCAUGCAGAAUGCAGUACGUCUGAGCAAAAAUGAGGCAACAUAGGCUACAGCAUCUCUUUAACUGACAAAUGAGCAGUGAUGUGCAGUUCUGUUUAUUUCCUUUGAAGGACAGCAAUAAAGAAAAUGUUGCCAUUAAAAUCCUUGA